CUAAACCUUCUUGCCAGCUCUCUGCACUUCACACUCGGAAGCAUUUGCAUUGAUUCGCCAUUUUUAGACCCAAAAUGCGGGGGUCUGCGUUGUUGUGGGUUCUUUAACUACCAGCGUUUACCACCCUAAAGCCGUGCCGAGAGGAACUAUGUUUAUGGAUACUCCGCCACCUCUGAACCACGUGUCGACCACGGCAGCGCCCGCGCUCGUCUCCGUGGCAACGGCGCGCAGGCGGAAGCGCGGCGGCAGCCACCCACUGGUCACCUGACCCGAGGCCGCCAGUCACGUGAUACGGUCUCCAUUGUCGCCAUCUUGAAGCGGUGGCCGGAGCUAAGGGACGAGAACUCUUUUUACCCAGGUAUUAUGGAAGAAGGAAGCAGUGUUGCAGUAUUGAUGCCAAAUAUUGGGGAACAGGAAGCUGUGCUGAUUUCUGAAACAGUCAUUGGCCCAACACUUCAGAACAGUGAAAAUCAAAGAAAAUGUAAAACUGACCCACUAAUUCAUGUUAUCCAGAAACUAAGCAAAAUAGUUGAAAGUGAGAAGUCACAAAGAUGCCUUUUAAUAGGGAAAAAACGUUCCCAUCCUAAUGCUUCUGCACAGCCCUUGGACGCAGAUGAUCUAUGUGAGAUCCCAGCUAAGGCAAUUGAGCUCUCUGUUUUCGCAACUAAAAAGACUGAAGAGUUACAAGCAGAUUAUUUUGUGACUGAAUGUCUUCCACAAAGCAAAAAAAAUGUGAUGUGCUACCAAUGUAGUCUGUGUAAGUUUCUAUCACCCUCUCUCUUAACACUACAAGAGCAUAUAAAACAGCAUGGGCAGAAAAAUGAAGUGAUAUUCAUGUGUUCAGAAUGUCAUUUUGCUUCCAAAAGCAAAGAAGAUCUUGAAUCCCACUUCCAAAAUUGCCAUGAGAAUGAUGGUAAAAAUAACACCCAGACAAAAGCGCAGCAGUGUGUAAAUGUCGCGAGUUCAUUUUUGCAAGGGCCAGUGGAAGGAAGUGUCAAAUCAGGGGCUGAUCAGACAGGAAAUCUGGAAGGUAAAGAUACAACUCAGUCUACUCAGAGGCCUGAAAUGGGUAGGAGAAAAUGGUAUACUUAUGAGCAGUAUGGCAUGUACCGGUGUUUAAUUUGUCGGUACACCUGUGGUCAGCAAAGAAUGUUGAAAACACAUGCUUGGAAACAUGCGGGUGAGGUUGAUUGCUCCUAUCCUAUCUUUGAGGAAGAAAAUGAAACUACCAACUUGUCAGAGGUGGUUGUAACUCAUACACCUCAUAGCAUAGAUACUGUUGUUCUUUCCUUGGAAAACAAUGAACUUGAUAUCCAGAGUGAACCUUCUCUUCAACUUCAGAUUUGCAAUUCUGAGCAACUGUCAUGUAAAUUGCCAGUAGGAAAAAAUGUAAAAGAGGAAGAGAUGUUACAUCAGUCUGUAGUGCAUUCUCCUACUGCAGAGGUUUUGGAGGAGACUGUAUCAGAUACAGAACCAGAUAGUAUGAUAACUGAUAGCCUGCUUUCUUCAGCACAGAAAAUCAUCAAUUGUAGUCCAAAUAAAAAGGGUCACGUUAAUGUAAUAGUGGAGCGUUUGCCAGGUGCUGAAGAAAGUAUCUUACAGAAGCCUUUCUUGAUGAACACUGACAUUGAAACAGAAAAAAAAUUAAUCUCAGAGGAGUCCCACAUUACCUGUGAAGAACCUGAUGAAGUUUAUCAUUCAGAUCCAAUUCAAGAAGUAGUAAUAGGAUGGAAUAAUACCGAGAAGAAAGAUAAUGAAUUAAGCUCUAAUAAAACCAUUACAACUGAUGAAAAUGUGCCUCCUGCACGAAGAAGGACAAAUUCAGAGUCUUUACGACUACACUCAUUAGCUGCAGAAGCUCUUGUUACAAUGCCUAUCAGAGCUGCAGAACUAACAAGGUCUAGCUUCAGGACUCUGACUGGAGAAGAUGCUGUGGAUGCAGGUGCAGGACAGGGAGAAGCAGAUGGCCCACGCCUGGCGCAUUCUAAAGUGGCAUCCUCACUUCAAGAUCAUUCAGUGGAGUUUAGUGGCUUUGGCCAAGGUGAAUGUGCAAUAGUUGAGAUACAGAAAGAAAGGCCAGAGUUAUCGGAAGCACCAAUUAAAAUGGGCAUCAGUAUGUCACUACUCACUGUCAUUGAAAAAUUGAAGGAGAGGACAGAUCAGAAUGCUUCUGAUGAUGACAUUUUGAAAGAAUUACAAGACAACGCACAAUGCCAAAAUGCAAAUGAUGCAAAUGUUCCUGGCAGUAACCUAGUAGAAUAUAUACCUAACGCAGAUCGACCCUACCGCUGUCGCCUCUGCCAUUACAGCAGUGGUAAUAAGGGCUACAUAAAACAACACUUGAGAGUCCAUCGUCAGAGGCAGCCAUAUCAGUGUCCCAUCUGUGAACACAUUGCUGACAAUAGUAAAGAUUUAGAAAGCCACAUGAUCAACCACUGCAAAACAAGAAUGUAUCAGUGCAAGCAAUGUGAAGAAUCCUUUCAUUACAAGAGCCAACUACGAAAUCAUGAAAGAGAACAACACAGUCUUCCAGAUAUUUUUUCAGCAGCCACAUCUAACAAACUAAUAGUUUCCAACGAAGUAGAUGAAAGAGAAGGAAACAAGUCUUCAGUUCAGAAACUGUAUAGAUGUGAUGUAUGUGACUACACAAGCACAACUUACGUUGGUGUACGCAAUCACAGACGAAUUCAUAACUCUGAUAAGCCAUACAGAUGUCGAGUGUGUGACUUCGCCACCACAAAUAUGAAUAGCUUGAAAUGCCAUAUGAGGCGCCACCCCCAGGAGCAUCAGGCAGUGCAGCUAAUGGAACAGUACAAAUGUUCUCUCUGUGGAUAUGUAUGUAGCCAUCCUCCAUCCCUGAAGUCCCACAUGUGGAAACACGCAAGUGACCAAAAUUAUAACUAUGAACAAGUGAACAAGGCUAUUAAUGAUGCAAUUUCGCAAAGCAGCAGGUUUCAAGGACAGCUUCCUGACAAAACCUUAUUAGAAGGCACAGAUGAGAGUACAAUACCUAUACUAGGAAGUUCAGACAACUUGGUGUCUUUAACAGAGUCUAUUAACCAGACUACAAAUGAAAUUUCAGGUUCUGAUGAAAACGAAAAGCCUAACUUGAUGAAUACCUCAUGCAGUUUAGAAAAGAACUCCACUCUACCCCACCUUGGCACAGAAUACUGUGUUCUUCUCUUCUGCUGCUGCAUUUGUGGUUUUGAGUCUACCAACAAAGAAAAUCUGCUGGAUCAUAUGAAAGAACAUGAGGGUGAAAUCAUAAAUAUCAUUCUAAAUAAGGACCACAGCACAUUCCAGAGCACAAACUAGGUGAAGCAGUAAGUUAAAGAAAGGGUUUCCUAGAGUGAGUAUUUUCUUUCUUUGCUAAUUUUUGCUUGUGAAACUUGCUAAAGAAAAGAAUUGCAGGCAAAACUUGAUUUCCCAUCCUGAGUCCUUGUUUCAGUAGGAGUACAAUAUUUUAACCAGGGAUUGAUGAGUCAGUUAAGAGAUAUAUUUAGGGAGUGGGGAAUAGAAUGAUUCAUUUUAACCUGCUAUUUCUUUAUAUGGUGCCAAGAACAUAGGAUUCUUGAUGUUUUUUUCUCUUAUUGUCAGGUACUAGUCAUUAAUACGGCAUUAGCACAGUACGUUCAAACCCAAAGGUGUGAAAGCUUUGUACCAACUGAAAAGCUUUUUCCUUCCUCCCUCUUUGUUGUUUUUCAACUAUUUCAGCAAGCAACUUUUUUACCCUCCCCUUUUUUUUUUUUUUUUUGGAAAUUAGCAACAGACCAGAUAAAAAUUUUACAGUAUGAUCUCACAAACCCCACUGCCUGGAUUCUGGAAGGUAGGGAGAGGGACAUGUGCAUGCUUGCAUGUACACAUACACGUUUCAUUUCUUCCCAUCUAUUUUUAAGGCCUUACAAGUCGUCCUUCAACAAAGACUGCUAUCCUUUCUGUUGGUUUAGAGCAGCAGGAGCUGAGGAGCCUGGAAGCAUUUUGCUAAUAAUUAUUUGAUUGGACCCUAACUGAAAAAAACUCCUACCUUUUGAAUUGAUCGUACGUAAAAGAUCCUUUAUAAUAAUGACCGGCUGUUUCUUAACAGUUUUCUUGACACAUUCGGCAGAACUAUUUAAAAAAAAAAAAAAGCUCAUCAUAUGUCAUUUUUAAUUUGUGGUGAUUACUUUGCAGUCUGUAUGAGCAAUGUGCUUUAAUGAGAACAAGAUAUUAACAGUAAUUGCCACAAGGAGAUGUAGAUUAAACCUAUGUAGAUUACUAAAGAUGUAGGUGAGCACAAAGUGGGUUUUGAAGCAAAGCUUACAUGCUUUUGGAGUUCUUCGAAAUCCCACUGGCUGUCUAAAUUGCCCAUUUGUCUGGCAGAGCUGUAACUGGAGAAAUAAUUUGCUCAAAGAUAGAGUAAUCUUUCUGUAGAAAAUAAUAUUUAAAAAAAGGCAAACAAUAUUUUAAGCAAAAACUGUAUCCAGUCACUUGUAGAAUAAAUUUUACUAGUGCAUAUAAUAUGGAUUCAUGAAGGGAAGUAGGGAUUACUUUGUUUUCUAAGGAAAAAAAAAAAAAGCUUCUAAAAUUACAGUGCCUUCUUUUUUUUGUUUUACAGUACAGCAGUUUGCAGUAGAAGACAUUCAUCUCUGUAUCAGUUGGGAAUACUGUUACACUGGCUAAUUACCUGGCAACUUUGUUAAGGUUGUUUAAAAAGUUGGCUACUUAAAUUGUUUGAAAUACAUGCUUUGAUCAAGUGAAGUAGUAGCAUUUCCAAAGAAGCCCUUUAGCAGCCAGAUUUAAACUUUCUAGUUUGGGCAUGUAUUUCUGCUUUUAAUGACAGGCAGAUGCACAGCAGCAUGCCUAGUUCCUGACAUGGGGAUGUAGUUACCUGAUUUUUAGUAGCUCAUUACUUAAAAAAUUAGUUACUCUUAGAAAAACAGUAUUUCAUGGUUACUUUAUCUGUAACUUUCUGCUAGCAGAAAUAAGCUAUAACUUUAAAUCUGAGAAGGUGGCAUAUGUAGUGUACAGUCUAUUGUGCUAUUGCUGACUAGAAGUGGCAUCAGAAAAGAAAACAAUUCUUGUCACAACUUUAUGAAGCAGCACAAAGGCACUAAAAGUCCAAGUACAUUUGAUGAUUUUUGUUUUCAAGUGAUUUCCUCAAUUUGACUUGUCUUUUGUGUUAAAUAUAUAUUAUUUCAUUAAUAAAUUGGAUAGCAGAAAACACACUUUGCUUCUUUAAAAACUGGUCAGGAUGUAAUGUCAGAGCAUUUUUGUGUCAGACAUUUGAGAUAUUUUAAAUACAUAUGUGAAGUUGCUCAGCUAGUGAAAGAUAAAAAGGUGAAAAACUUUUUAAAUGAAGAAGGAGGUGGCAGUGAAACAAGAGAGUACAAACAGUACAAAACAGUACCCUUGAAUCAAAAUUAACAAUUUUUUGGUGUAUGUGCAACCCACGCUUGCAGCAGUAAGUAUAAUGUGCCAGGACUCAUCGUAGUGGGAUUACAGAGCAGGAUGCGUCUAUUCACAGUUGUUCUUUGCCAUCCUGUGACUUUUUCCUUUUAGACUAUGUGUUCCUAUAAUGGUAGAAAGAUAGUUGAUGCUAAAAACCAUUAUAAAACCCGUAACAAAUGCCAACAAAUAAUUCCACAUGUACAGAGAUUUAUUUUUUUAAAAACUGUCUUCAUGCUGCUUGCCAUUAGCUACCCACUCACAAUUCCCAUUGACUUUACCCGAAGUUCUGCAUGUGAAGUAAUUGUAGACUUAGUUUUUCUGAAAGCAAAUUUUUUUUGCUUUAUUAUUCCUCAGGUUAUCUGCUUUAGGAAGCAUAUGGUUGGCUUGGUUGCAUGUUCUGUAAUGGGUUUUAAGCACACUUCAGAGUCACCAACACUGCGGUCUUCCCCUUUCUUUAAGCUUUUAAAAUAUUUUUGGAUCUUCUGUCACAUGAUGAUCAGAUAUUCACUCACCAUUAGAUUUUAUUCUGUGUUAUAAACUGUAACUUGCAGCUUUGUUUUAAAUGCCUCUACUUCUACUAAAGAGAAAACUUACUUUAUUCUAGUCUAUACUGAUAAAUAGGUGCAUAUUUCAUCUUUCUGAUUGAUGCCUGGCCUGGAAAAAUAGCGUGAGGUUCAGUCAGAGUUAUGGUAUCUUCCUCUUUCAGAAGCACUUAUUUAAUUGUUUAAAAAAAAAUGUACAGUUGGUGCUCAAAGUAACAUUUGUUAAGAUAUAUUUAAUAGAAAUUUACAUUUGCAUUUGAUAUUCAUGGACAUGGGUACAUGUAUUUUUUUAAGAAAAGGUAAUGUAACACUAUGGCACUGCUUUUAUAGCCAAAGUAUAAAAAAUUUAGAAAACUGACAUGUAAAGACUGCAGUUAGUUCUGAUACUGUAUCUUAUUAAAUAGGAUGAAUUUCAUUUUAUAAGAUUAUCCAGCACAUUAAGCUGCAUGCCUUAAGCUCUCUCUAGGAUUGUGUUCCUGAUAGACAACUGUUUGGAACUAUGAAGCAAAGUCUGUAGUACUACUUUAACUACCUUCUGAAAUACUGUACAAUGUUAGAAUAAUUUAUUUUGCUUUACAGGAGUUUGUCACGUAUUGACUUUAAUAUUGUAUUUUGGUAAUAAACUUCUUUUGUUAAACA